UUUAACCUAAUGACAGUACUAAUAGCAUUUAACACCAAGAUGUGUCGUUAAUUGCUGUAUUUUCUCUCUCUUUUACAUAAUCAAAAUGAAUUUAUCUCAGUCAAAGUUAUUUUCUGCUAUUAUUUUGGGGGUUUCGAGUUUGUUUGUUGGGGUUGUACCAAAUUGUUUCGCUCAACAAGGAAGACGACGUUGGCCUUUGUUUAUAUCAAGUUUACUUUGUUUUGGUGCUGGGGUACUGCUAGCAACUUCCGUAGUACAUAUUUUACCAGAGGUACGAGAAUCAAUACCAGUGCAAUAUGAAAACUAUGCCGAAAUUUUAUACUGUUGCGGUUUUUUUAUUCUCUACAUAAUUGAUGAGAUAGUUCAUUACUUCUACGGUGAUUCCGAGGAAGCAAAUCUCUUCCACAACCAUGGUCACAAUCAUGACCACCACAGAAGACAAUCACAACAGCUAAAGUCAUCAUAUGGCACUGCUGAAAGACACAAUCUACUACAUGCCGAGUCCGCACCCUAUAAUCCAUCUUUUUAUAGAACUAGAAGUGACAGUGCACUGUUUGGUGAUCAGCAACCAUCUCAGCUGUGCCACGUUGGCCAUCAAGAGCCUUGCCAUAAUGCCCCGACUGCUAACUUUGGACUUAUAGUUGCUCUUUCAAUACACGAGUUGCUGGAAGGGUUAGUUGUUGGAUUAGAGACGAAACCAGAAAAGGUGUUGCUGCUUUUGGGAGCUGUAGCAUCCCAUAAACUGGUGAUUUCAUUUUGUUUAGGAGUAGAAUUAUCAUCUACCCCAUUAAUUUCGUGUACAAGACACUUUAUUUACAUUCUUAUCUUCUCGGUGGGGUCUGCUGCUGGUAUAAUAGCAGGAAUGAUUGUAUCAGAUGUUCCUGGAGGGUUUAAGAAUGUUGCAAUGCCUAUAUUACAAGCACUUGCUGGCGGCACACUGUUAUAUGUAACUGUAAGUGAAGUAUUACCUCGAGAAAGAGCUAGAUGGCAUCAGCAACAUGACAGAAAAUCAGCCGGAGUGGUACAACUCUUCUUCGUUUUCCUUGGUUUUGGGCUUAUGACUCUGCUUACUAAUUACUUAGAAUAGGACGCAUUAGCUAAGCAUAGCAUAAGAAAAAUUUUUAACCGACAAUGACGAAUGGUAGCUCAGCAUACUUUUGACAAGAGAAAUUAUGGUAUUAGAAAAGGAAAUUUUCAAAUUAGGAUUGAAAGGUGACAUACGUUUUCAGAGUAAUUCUGUAUUUAAUAUAAAUAAAUAGGUACUCUAAGUA